CGCGGAACUGGACAAGUCCCAAUGGCUCUCGACAUGAAACACAAGUGGAUGAUGUUGCAGACCGCUCCACCCCUCCCAUCGAGCCUGUGUCGAGACCCGCUCCAUCUGAGUGAUUGGAAAUCGUUCAUUCUCCGUAAAAAAAAAACACACCCAACCCUCAGACGGGACUCACCUGGGAGAGGUCAUUAUCAAACGGGAACUGAAUUGAACACUGAUGUUUCUGCGGGCUACGGUGUGUGGAAAUACUGGGGUGAAUUGUGCGGGGAGGAAAACAGUCAAGGAGGACGUAAAUAUUGACAUGCCCUUGUCCACAGCAGUACUGCCGUCGACUAAACUCAUAAAGGAACAUACAUCGCGAAUGUAGAAAGAAUGCAGAGGAACUGUUCGCUCUAACAACGACUGAAAUAAAAACACGGGCGGAAAACGAAUCCUCCUUCUGCAAGAUUGUGCUGUAAUUGUUUGCUGAACGGGACUGGCAGACUUUCUGGAGGUUUACGGGACUGUUGUUCCUAAUCUGCGGUCAUGCUGCAGGCUUUAUCUGAUCUCUUCCCUACCUGAGGGGAUCGAGGAUUACUAAAGUUUUUCCACAGAAUAGAUACAUUUGAUUCACGGAGCUUUUAUCUAAUUGGGCUGGGAUACUAGUUGUUGCAAAUUUGGCAUAAUAAACCUUAUUUUAAAAAAGAACUUAAAAUGACCAAAUAAAAAAAUUCUAAUUAUUCUGCGCAUGCGGAACCAAUCAUUUCUAAAAUUGAACAACGGACGUGACACGAGUCAGGUGUGAAUGAUGUAAAAGUUGGUUGUUGAGUGAGCACUUUGUUAUAGAUUUUUCUUGCAAAUUCAAACGUCAUAAAACGUCAUAUGCUGCAAGUGUUUAUUGUUUUAUUCCAUACAUUCAUAUAUUGAUUUAAGGUUAUUUCCUGUAUCAGCUGUGAGAUGGCAGGUGUGAGGUGAGCAGAUAAUUGGCGCGAAAUUAACAGUGUCGGUCUGCACUGUUUUUCAAUCGUUUUCCAAUGUAAACAAGCACUAGACGGACGUCAUCGACAGUUGCGUCGCGUUUUUAAAACGGCGUGUCAAGUUAAAAAGAACGUCAACUGUUAAAAACGCGUCUCGAGACACCUGCGUUAUAUUAAUUGCGCUGCGUUUAGCUUUUCAAACCGAACUGCCCCAUAUAUACCAUUUUCACACAAACUCUAUAGGAGCGAAUGUAAAGGACUUUUAAAAGUUACCUCCAUUUGCUAUCCUAUUCAUGUGAACGCAUUUUGAAAGUAUGCACUGUCAGGAGGCCCUUUGAGCCUCUAUUACCAAAUAUGGGAGCGAAGCAGACGAAGGCCGCGGGACAGGAGGCUGGUGCGAGUCCUCAGAGCGCAGGAUGGAAACGGACACCCACGAAAGAGCGGGGCGACAUCCUCGCCUCUUUAAUGUUAAGAUCAGGGGAUAAACUGAGGAGCAGCGGGACUCCUCCUCCCUACCAGCGACGCAUCGGGAUGAUACAAGAGAUGAUGCUUUUGGCAAAGCAGGGGAAACACGAUGAGGCGACAGAGAUGCUGAAGACUCUCCGGCAGGAUCUGGGAAUGGAGUCAACCUCUCUGGACGAUGUUCUGUACCGAUAUGCCAGUUUCCGCAACCUGGUGGAUCCUAUUACCCAUGACCUCAUAAUUAGCCUGGCCAAAUAUGUUCACUGCCCAAAAACGGAGGGGGAUUCUUUGGGUUCCAUGGAGAAGGUGUGCCGUCAGCUGACCUACCACCUGAGCCCACACUCACAGUGGAGACGGCAGGGGCUGCUGAAGAGGAAGCCGCAGGCCUGUCUGAAAUCUGUUCUUUCAGGCCCUCCAUCCACUGGGACAUUAGACCUUUCUGGCAUCCCUCUUGGCGUAAAAGACAUGGAACGUCUCUGUGCCUAUCUGCAUCACUACGCAUCCCGCAUUUGCAGCCUAGAGUUGGGCUUUACCGAGCUCACAGAUGAUGCCUUCCUCCUGCUCCUCCCUACACUGACGUCCCUUCCUCGCCUUGAGACUAUGGCCCUCAAUGGCAACAGACUGACCCGUGCGGUACUUAAAGAGCUCACAGACACACUGAAGGACCCAGACAGCUUCCCCAGCGUAACUUGGAUUGACCUGGGGAACAAUGUGGACAUCUUCUCCCUCCCACAGCCUUUCCUGCUGAGCCUGCGAAAACGUUGUCCCAAACAGGGCAACCUUCCCACCAUCCUUGAGUUUGGAGAGAGCCAGGCCAGCGAGCCAGAGGGCCGAGUGAAUGAGGAUGACACAGAUGAUGCAAACAGGACCGAGAGCCUGGGAGAGCUCAGGUCUGAGGUGGAGGAAGUGAUUGAUGGUGAGACAGAGAUUGAAGACAUGAUGGAGGAGUUGCUAGACUUUGACAGGGAGGUGCAGGGUAAGGAGGACGAGGACGACAGUAUGUGGACCAUGGAGGAGCAAAGGUUAGUGAAAAAUCCAACCAUUGGACAGAGCAAAGAGAAGAGGCCGUUGAAAGCAGAGGGCGAAGAUGACUUACAUAGUCAGUCUUCCCACCUGUCUUAUUUCAGCCAGUCUCAGCACUCUUCUGGAGCCAUUGAGCCUCUGAGAGAGGACUCUGUCCCAGACCAAUUAGCUGGUCAUUCAGACAACCCUACCUGAUCAAAGCCAUUGUCUAAUUGGAUUAGACAUGGCAACCUUUUGUCCCUUUAAGAAAAAGAGAAAGGAAAAGCCUGCCAGGCUUUUGGACGUUCUCGGUUUGGCGCCAAACUGAGAGAGGAUUAUCCAUGUAGUCAUGGAGUUCAACAGGUUUCAUAGGGUUGACAAUCAGUGAAACUGAAACGUAUGCGUAAUUGAAGAAGAUAUCACAGUGUUGUUGCUAUUGUUAAUGAUUGUCUAUUGUUGCAAAGGGAGAAAAAUAAAUGUACACAACUAUAAGAAUAUACACAGAUUACAUAUUAUAUAUAUAUAUAUAUAUAUAUAUAUAUAUAUAUAUAUAUAUAGUAGAUACCUUAUCAAACUCUGUUUUGAAGGUUUGGGGUCAGGGUUUUCCCCACACAUUCAUAACACUGAACCUCUGCCUAUGUGCCUGUUCACCACCCUGCUGGAGAGGUGUGUGUGCAGGUGCACAUUUUGCUGUUUUUCAUUGCUCAUAAGAGAUGGAUUUGUGCAGGAAAUAAAAAAAUCUGUGGUGGAUUGGGGACCUCCAGAUAUCACAUAUGUAUUUGUACUUCUGUAUUUGUCCAUCUAUGCAUCUGACUGUUGCAAGCACCACGUUCUCUCCUGCAGUGGCAAAUCUAAAUUCCAUUCAUUAUCAUCCAAUGAAUAUAAUAUGCAUGUCCCAGGUGUCAGAUGGAUGGGAUGCUGAUGAGCUCAUAUUAAGUGCCCCUAAUUUUUACAGUGGGAAACCAAAAUGUCUUGUCAUGGUGUUGCCCCAAAAUAAUUUUGUGUAAUACAGAGCAGUGUUUUAAAGUAAUAUUCCGGGUUCAACACAAGUUAAACUUAAUCGCAUUUGUGGCAUAAUGUUAAUUACCACAAAAAAGCUCUAAAAAAAAGAAAAAAAAAAAAGAAAUCAAGGUUACAGACAGUGAGACACUUACAAUGGAACUAAAUGUGCCACAUUUUUGGAGGGUUUAAAGAUAGAAAUGUGAAGCUUAUAAUUUUAUGAUAGCACUUAAAUUAAUACUUCUGUUAAAAUUUUUAUAUUAUUUGAGCUUUUAAGUUGUUUAUAUUGUCAUUUUCGCAGGAUUGCAUGGUUUACAGUGUUGCGUCCUUAUGGCAAUGAAGUUGUAAAACUGGAUAUAACUUUACACAGAAAAGGCUAUCAAGCAAUAUUAUCACACUAAAAUCAUGUUAACGCAUAUUGUUUACGUCUUGUGGCUAUACCUUUGAAACAGUGAGUAUUUUAAUGUUUACAGAUUGUCCCCAUUCACUUCCAUUGUAAGAUGCGAAAGUGAAACUAAUCAGACACCACAUGUGACUUUCUGAUGUAAAAGUGAAAGUGAUAAUGGAGAUUUCGAGUUGAAGGACUUAAAUUUAGUUUCUCAUCCACAUCUAUCAUAUCACUUCUGAAGAUAUGGAUUUAGCCACUGGAGUCUUAUAGAUUACUUUUAUGUUUCCUUUGUUAUUUUUUGAGCAACAAAGGUCUGAUCACUCUUCACUUGCAUUGUAUGGACCUACAAAGAUGAGAUAUUCUUCUAAAAAUCUUUGUUUGUGUUCUGCUGAAGAAAGAAAGUCACAUCUAGGAUGGCAUGAGGGUGAGUAAAUGAUGAGAGAAUUUAAAUUUUUGGGUGAACUAUCCCUUUAACUUGUAUUGAACCCGGAAUAUUCCUUUAAGAAGGACUGAAGUCAAAGAGAAAAGACUCCUUCCACAUAACAAGCUGUCACAUGGCUACAUAAGGAGUAUAAUGCUGAUAGUCUAUUGUUGCUACUUGACGAGAGAAUGCUUGAUGUGGAUUUUGAAGACAUUGUAAGGUUUUUCAGCACUCCUUAAUAUAGAUCUUUAACCACUAAAAUUACAAUAAUGUUGGAUUUAUUAAUUAUCCAUUGAUAUUUAAAGAUUAAGAUAUUUCACAUCUAUUAAGUUUAAAUAGUUACAUUACUUAAAAGUAGUUCUAAUAAGCCAGUAUGUAAUUUCAAAGAAAGUUUAAAUGACAGUGUAUAUUGAUUAGAUAGUAGGCCUAUUUUUCAUAGAAAACAAUAUUUUAUUCCAGUAUUUAAAUCCUAACUGAGAAUUGUCCUCAAUUUUCCCCAUUUAUACUAUACUUUGUAUAGUAUCUUAUGAUCUUACAUGCAAAUUCUUCCUCAGUGUUUUUCUAAAGGUGAAUUUACGGUUUAUAACAUGGGUAUGAAUUACUUUUCAUAAUAGAUAGGUGGUUGCUCUUGUAGUGAAGUUAACCAGCAUAUUUCAGAUAUCAUCGACAGUCAUUACAUAAUUUUAUUUACAAUGUUUUUUAGAGCCAGUUGUGUUCUUCUGGUCGCAUGUAGUCUCAAAGUCUCCUGCUCUGUUUCAAAGCCAUAACUUUUAGACCGGUUCAGCCAUUACAGAAAGGGAGAUGUGUAUAUUGACAAUUGCACUGAAGAACUGUGAGCAGUAAAAGUGUAAUUUGUUUGUUUGUUUUUUGGUCUGUAUUUAUGUCCUGUAUUCCUAAAAUGGUUAAUUAAGCCAGGAGAAUGUCAUUACACAAGUGCAAAACAGGAACAGCAAUACAGGUGCAUCUCAAUAAAUUAGAAUGUCGUGGAAAAGUUCAUUUAUUUCAGUAAUUCAACUCAAAUUGUGAAACUCGUGUAUUAAAUAAAUUCAGUGCA